AUGAAUUUGAAUCGAAUUCCUUUAGCACCUUUGACACCAAUAUAAGUUCAACAACUUGCUCGUUUGCCUAAAGUAUUAAAAAAUCAAAAUAAUUAUAAUCGCCUAAUUUCAACUCAAAAUAAUAUGGAAUAAAGUAAAUGUUUAUCAUCAAGCUAUAAAAUUAAAAUAUAUAAGAAAAUUGUAUUGGAACUUCUUAAUUCUAUUUAAAAUACACCAUUUUUAGAAUUUAUUUAUGGUCUACAUGUAGAAUUCAAGUCCUCUUUACAAUUUCAUAUUUAUCCAACAGAAAGCCUUAUUAACUCUUUAAGUCUUCACUUUGAUAUUAAAUAGCUCUAUAAGAUUUACGAUAAUAUAUUUAAAGAAAAUAAUACAAAAAUCAAAAUUUAUAUCAAUAUCUCAGAAAUUGAUUUAAUAUUAUAAUUUUUAAGAUCCAUAGUUAAAUAAAUGCCCCAUAUUAGUAGGAUAAGAGAGGUAUUAAAAUAUUAAACAGUAAGAGAUGUCUUAAAUAUUAAAAAGACUGAAAUUGAAGAUCCUAAAUUAAAUUAAAUAGUUACUAUGAUUUAGUAUAUAUUUAAUCCCUCUCUCAUUAAAAUUAAUUGCCAAAUCAUCAUUAAGAAGGAAUAACAGGAAAAUUUAAUUAAAGAUAUCUCCUCCACUCAUAUUCUUAGGAAUGUCCAGUAAAUAGUUAUUUCUUUAUUUUUAAAUUACUGCUUAUAAAGAAAAUUAUUUAUACCUGAAAUAAUAUAUUCAUUAAAAACAGCUAAUAAUUUUAACUCUUCUUUAACUUUAGAUCCAAAUUUUAUAAAUGAUAUACCAUAUUCAUCAUCUUAUGAUGAAUUUAAAGAGAAAAUUAAAUUUAGAAGAUUCUAAAGAAUUUUUAAUCUAUAAGAGCUAAUUGAAUACGAAUAUUAUUUAAUUUAAGAAUUUUAAAUUUCUUAUCCUAUGAAAAGUCUAGAAAAUAUUUUAUUGGAAACAAUAAAUUUAGUCAAUCAAAAUUAUUAUUAAAUUAUUGAUAGAUUAAAAAGAAUAGUUUUAAGUUAGAGGAUAGAAAUAAUGCUUGAAAAUUUGACUAGUUAAUCUUUAAGUUAAAUUGGAAUGAAUAUACUAACCACUAUCUCAAGCAUCUAAAAAACAGUUGAAUCAAAUGAUGCAAAUUAAUUCAAGAAAAUUCCCUAAAUUAAGUUGAAAAUUAAAAAACUAUGA